ACAAGCACCAAAUCAGAUCUCAACGACCAAACUACUUCUGUCUCCCUCGACAAAAUAACAAUGUUCUUCCCUCUCAAGUCUGCCUUCCUUCUCGGCCUCGCUGCCAUCUCCGUGGCCUCCCCCAUCGCGAACGCAGACGCCGCUAGUGCCAGUGCGGGCGAGGUCGCAUACGCCAACAAUUUGUUCGCCCGCGCCAAGGUCCCUGAAAUGGUGAAAUGCAGAGAUAAAGAAUACUCGAAGGCGGACAUCAACAACGCUCUCAGCCAAGCUAGGACCGCACAGAGUCAAGGUGGCGUAGGCGGCUUCCCUAAGUUCUUCGGAAACGAAGGAAAGGACCGAAAGCCAGUGUUCCCGAACAUUCCCAAGUCAACAAACCUGUAUGAGUAUCCCUUGAAGAAAGAUAGUGCGUGGACGGGUGGUGCUAAGGAUCCGGUGAGAGUGGUCAUGAAAGAGGACUACUCUUACGCUGGCGUUAUGGGUCAUACUCCCGAUGUAUCCAAUGCCUAUAAGAAAUGUGCUUGAAAGGUUCCAUGGCUUCAAACCGAGCAACGGAUAAGCGGUUGCAUACUAUCUCGUUAUUCAGUAUAUCCUUAACUUUUGCGCAUUUCCUUAGCGCAUUUAUAUUGCUACUGGCUUGCAUGAGUUUGAUAAUAUGUUAUUCAACUUGAGU